AUGUAUGCCCAUCCUCCUAAGCAUCUUUAUUGCAAUUACCAAUUCCCCUUUGAAACGCGUGUCGAAAUCGCCGCAGAAGCCGUCAAGAAGAGUGAAAAUGGAGGCACCAGGGUGGACGAUAGCGAUCAAGCUUGGCUUAUGCUGACGCUCCGCCGCAGCACCCUGCAGAUUCCCGCCCUCUCCUCCUACGGGGACCGAUCCUCAACCACCAGCGAUGACUAUAGCGGCAUCAUCGCCGCCCACGCGACGGAGAUGUCCCAGACAGGCCGCGACAUAGCACCGUUCGAGCCGGUGAGCUGCGAGGUGCUGAUCCAGCAGAUCCGUACAUUCUCCCCUAUCCCAUCGUCGAAUGCGCCACCACAUUCGGUGACAUCACAUCUUGACUCCGUAUCUGGCGCGCUGAGAGAUGCCGCUGUGACCAUUCGUUACAAUGCGAAGUGGUUUGCUGAGCCAGAUCUGGCGGAGCUCCUCGAGGUGGCUCUCGAGGCAGCGGCGGCCUCAUCUGCCUCUGUCGACCUCUACAGUGGGGUCGAGCUGGUCGAUGUCGUGGGGAUAUACUCAGCGCUUCCGCCACAAUCACUUCUCCUGGUGGCUCGCUUCUUGGCACAAACACAUUACAACGCCACUAGGGCCAACAAGACCAGGAAGCUGGCUGAUCGAGUCUGGGUGACGAUGAGACGGGUGUUGGAAUCACAUCUCGGUGUACAGUAUGUCGCCGCUCUGUUGCAGAUGAUAAGGGAGGAAGAUUACGCUGCUCUCGAUCCCAAAGUCAGUUAUGCCCGCCUUGCAGCGGCGGUAAAUAUCAUAUCAGAGAAGUUGUUGUUCGGAGAAGGGGGAGUGGCUGAGUCUGAGCUACCAACUCCACAAACAGCUGAGCUUCUUGAUAGUCUACAGAACGCGACACACCACGGCAACGAGCACGUGCAAGAUCUCAUCAUGGACGCCAUCACCACCAUCAUCACGCGCAACGACACCACAGACACGGCGGACAUGGACUGGCACAAGCUCCUUGCUGCUGCUAGAUCGUGCAUCGACGGCCUCCACAACCGUCAGCUCGCCCGCGGCCUGGUUGGAAGGAUAGCGACAAAGUCAGAUCGCUUCGAAUCCACCGAUCAGGUCGCCAUCGCUUGGAUGUGCAUCGAUAUUUCGCAGCCACUCAGCACAGUGCUCAGAGAAGCACUGUUAUCACACUACGCAAAGCUGCUGCCGGUCAGAGACUGGAGCAAGUUCCACGACAUCAUCACGCCGCUCUCCCGGUCAGAUGAGUAUACAGAAGAGCUGCAGAUGCUGAUGGGAAGGAGCAUCGCGGACUUCACAAACACGACAGACGCUUUUUUCAUCUCCGCAUACGCCGAGACCCUCCAACAAAUCAUCGAACGACCAGCGACCACAAAGAAUGCCGCCGCAGUGCUCGGCAACGAGCUGGUAAGAACCUUUACACACUGCAUCAUGUCAGCUACACAGCCCGAGGAGUUCAACACGCUCUUCGAUGCGCUCUGCGAUGCGUCCAAAGCCUGCUCUGUUGUAACAAAGUCACUCCUUCUCAUCCGUGCAGACGCGGAGGGCGCCGUCUACUACCCAAUUCACGGCUAUCACUACAACAUCUCCGGCGUCAGACUGAGCAGCUUCGACGCCACCAUUCUACACAUCAUCCAAGACUGCCAGGAUUGGGAAAUCUACAACCACAUCAUCAACGAGCUACCAGCACUGCUCAGCAAUCACGCACUCUUCGACGACCGUUCGGAGUUCAUCCAACAACUCAGAGAGAUAGUGUGCGAGCAAGUCGAGAGUGGAAGCUACCUUGGCCCACCAAAAGAGAGCGGCUUGACAAAAUCGCACGUCGCAGCACAUCUCAUCGAGACACUCACCGCCAUCCUCAGCUAUCACCACCACCUGACCAAGCAAGAAAUGCUCAGCGUCAUCUCCACCGUCCUCUCGACCGCCGGCUCAAGAGACUACAUUGUCAGCAUACCCUGCAUACAUGCAUUGACGAUCUGCUGCUACGAGCUGCCAGACACCAUCAGCGGCUACAUGGACGACAUCAUCGACAAAAUGUCUAAGCUGGUCACGCAGCGCUACCUUGCGAUCCACGUCCUGCUCUUCCUUGCCGGGCUGUCACGCCUCCCAGAUCUGUUCCACAGCAACUUCCGCACGCAAGAUUAUAAGAAGAUCUUUGGCGUAUGUGGGAGCUAUCUACAAUCCAUUCGAGGCUCAACCGGACAUGUGGACCUUCGCCAAAUUGCAGACGACAAGAGCAGCAAGAGCAGUAGCGCCGAACAGGCUGAUGCAUUACCGCAAUACGUCUACGCUCUCACACACCACGUCAUCGCAUUCUGGUACAUUGCACUCAAGCCAGAGCAUCGCAGAGAGCAGAAAGACUACAUCACAAGCUUGUUGAGACACAACAACGCAGAUGGAGAGACUGUCCUGGAGGAUCAAGGUCUGGUAACAAUCGACCUCAUGGAUCGCAUCGACGCAGACCACUACCAUAGCGCAGACUCGGAUGCCGCUUUCUUCUUCGAUCCACUGGCUGGCCGCAUCACACUUCAGCAUCGCCUGAUUGGGCUUCUACUUAUCACGACAGAGACUUCAUUGAAGCUGCGAGAGACGAAGAUCACAGUACGUCGACCGACCGGCACCGCAACGCGCGCCAUCAGCAAUUGGAUUGGCAACACAGAAUCUAUUGUUACCGCUAUCAAGAGCGACAAGGACUUCCUCAGCAUCCUACCUUACGAUCCAGACGGUACCACCUACGGCCGCAUUUUCAAACCCUCGCCAUCAUCUACCCUUGGCCCAAUCGCCUCGGAGCUCAUCACAACCCUCCCCGACGACGAUGCCGUCACCCGCGCCAUCCAAUCCAUCGACCGCACCCCCGGCCUUGACUCCCACAAAGCAGGCGUAAUCUACAUCGGCGAAGGCCAGAAAACCGAGACCGAAAUCCUCCAAAACGUCCAGGGCAGCCCGGACUACAUCACCUUCCUCUCCGCCCUCGGCACGCUCCGCCCCCUCCAUAACGCCCCAUUCAACACCCAAGGCCUCGACCGCACCUCGGACGCCGACGGCCCGCACGCCAUCGUCUGGAACAACCAAGUCACCGAGCUCGUCUUCCACAUCACCACCCUCAUGCCCAACGACGCCGACCCCUCCCUCAAUACCGCCAACAAGAAGCGCCACAUCGGCAACGACUUCGUCAACAUCAUCUUCAACAACUCCAGCGCCCCGUUCGACCUCGACACGUUCCCCUCGCAGUUCGCCGCCGUGUACAUCGUCAUCGCCCCGUCCGCCCGGACCUCUUUCCUGCAGACUAGGCGUCUGCGGACUGACGGUCUGCGACGGCGCGGUGACGAUGACGGUCAGCAACUGCGAGGGGACGCUUUCUUUUCCGUCCGCGUACUGACCAAGCCCGGGUAUCCGGCCGUUUCGUCCGCGGCGACGGAGAAAAUUGUGUCGGCGGGGUCGUUGCCGGGGUAUGUGAGGAACCUGGCGCUGAACGAUUGCGUGUUCGCGAUCAUGUGGCAUUCGCGGGAGGGGGAGGGGGGUGAGUAUCCGAGCUCGUGGCGGAGUCGGUUGGAGCAGUUGCGGAGGUUGAAGGAGAGGUUUGGGGGUUAG